AUGGCUUCACGAUCCAGGUCACGUCUUCUCUUCGCUCUCGCCCUCCCGCCUGUGGCUGUCGGAUACGGCAUCCACAGAGGUCUAACCACUCUGGAGACAAAAUACCCUUCUCUAUCUCCCGAAUCUACGACUAGCCAGGCUUUGAGCAUUCCUCGACAUCUAGGGCAGCAGCACUGCCCACAUAUCCACGUCCAUGCGGCUCGUGUGCCGGUGUCAGCACUCCGGCCAUACGCCGACCCAGCACGAAAGGACACAAGCAAGUUGACCAGUCAAGAUCUACAAUUUGCAUGGGCCCGAGCACUCAUCGGAAGUCCUCUCCUGCGUAAUGAAGCGCGCAUUGCUGGUCUUUUUACCAAUGGGCGUAUCUCUCUAGGAGAUAUGGGUCAUACUGCAGGGGGAUUUUCUCUGAAGACGGAAGAUGGAUCCCCACGUCAGCUGCUGAAUGGCGUCAUCGUGGUUCAAAGACCACCCGGAGAAGAAGGUCUUCUUGGUGCUUGGAUUGUACCCGAUGGACCGCGGGAGCUUUUCGAAAAGAUUUCACGUUGGGGAUAUUCCUCCCGGUUGAUGUCGGGUGGUCGACAUGAGACCAGCGUAUCCGAGCCAUUCGAAGGCGAAGGAGAAGAUAAGGCGAAUGGACCUUUUGUUGAAGUUCGAUUAGCCUCAGCGCAUGAUUACGAAAUUUUCCCCGAGGAGGGGAAUUUGCAAAAGAUGAUUCCGGCUUGGUUGGACAGACUGCAUCGUGGCUAUGCCCGGUGGAUACUUCAUAAAGCUGUUUGCGAGGUACAGCAAAAUGCAUCGGAGAGAGGAUCAUGA